AUGACAUUCUGGGAAAGUUUUAAAAAGACCUUACUGGGACCCGAACACGUUGAUCCACGGGACUUUUCUCUGACUCAUAGUCAAAGUAAAGAUAACAGUUCAGAUGAGGCCAACUCUUUAACAAAAGAGGUUAAUCGUCCGUAUAUUGACUUGACCAUAGAAGAAACUGAAGAAAGUAUCAGGCGCAAGAAGACCAUUGGGUACAAGAUCUUGAAGUUUGUUUGGGAUGGAACUGACAAACAUCCUAAGGAGAGAAAGUACCUUGCAAAACUUGAUUUCUUUUUGGUCAGUUCAUCUAUGUUGGGAUACUUCAUCAAGAAUUUAAAUCAAAACAAUGUGACUACUGCUUAUGUUAAUGGAAUGAGUGAAUAUUAUAAGAUGGAUAAUAACCAGUACAAUUAUAUGGUGACUUUGUGGACAGUUGGAUACAUUAUCGGACAGAUUCCUUCCAACUUGAUUCUUCAUAGGAUUUCAGCCAGAUACUAUUUGGGAAUGUUGGAAAUAAUGUGGGCCGUUUUGACGUUAUUGAUGAUUACGUGUAAGAGCUUGAAUUCGUUGUACGCUGUUCGGUUCUUUUUAGGGUUCCUUGAGUCUGGUUACUUUCCUGGUUUAGAAUAUCUUUUGGGUUCCAAUUACUCUGCUAGCGAAAUGUCCUCGCGCGCAGCGCUUUUUGCAAUCUCCAGUGGUAUUGCAAGUUUGGUUUCGGGACCAAUUCAAUUGGGAGUUCUUAAGCACUUCAAGAACACUAGUCUCCCUGCAUUUCAAUGGGUUUUUGUGAUCGAUGCUAUUAUUUCUUUUCCAAUUGGAUUUUACACUAUGUUCGCAGACCCAAAUACACCUUCUACAACCGAUGUGUGGUACUUUACAGACCAAGACAAGUUGGUUGGUUUGGAAAGAAGGAGACGGAUUGGUGCUCAGUUGAACACAAGAGAAAGAUACUCUUGGGCCAAAAUCAAGGGUUUUUUUAAUUCCUGGCACAUCUAUGUGUUUCCUCUCUUGUUCUUGUGCUACAACAAUUCUUGUGAUUCGACAUCGCAACCAACGUACCAAACGUACUUGAAGAAAUGGUUAAAAUUGGGACCAGAAGAGUAUAACACCUAUCCUUCGUACCGUUCUGCUGCUGGGAUUGUGGUCACUGUAUUCUUCGCUCUAGUACACAAUUAUAUUGGUGGAAAAAAGAACCAUCUCUUUGUGGGGGCUUUCUUUGUGUUUGUGAUGUUUGGUUGUAUUGUGUUGAGUAUUUGGUACGUACCGAACGGUUUACGGCACGCCUGUUACUAUUUGAUAGGAGUGCCUACUUCUUGGGGUCAGCCUUUCAUUUUCACUUGGGUUAACAGGUUGUUGGUUGAAGACGAUAUGAAGAGAAACUUCUUGGUGGUGACCACCAAUGUCUUGGCCUACGUGACGGGAGCGUGGGUUCCUAUUUUCGUCUGGAAUACCAAUGACCAACCUAUUUACCAUAUUGGAUUUACUUACACCUCGUGCUUAUCGGCUUUAGGGUUGAUUCUCACUGUAGUCGCGUGGUACUUGAGUUCCCGAGAUGAAAAGAGACGUGAGGAAAGGAGACUGGAUGAAUCCAGUGACAUUGAACAGGUUUCGACCGCUUAGUGUAGAUUUUUUAAAAUAUUGAAAUUAUAGAGUAAUAUCGAUAUAUGUGAGUAUUAAAAAGGGUUAGUGAUGGACUAAACGCGAGCGAGCUAUCUAAUUUUCGUGACCGUCUAAUUGCUUAUCUACGUAGGUCUAGAGGUGUUUUUGUUGCACAGAUAAGCCUAUGCCUGAGAUAAAAAUAUGCCUGAGAUAAGCAUGUGCCUAAGAUUUUCAAAUGUAACGUUGCCGACUAAGGUGUAACGGCAUUCAUUUGCUUCCCUUUGCCGGGUGUCGCAUUUUUUGAUAGUUGUAGAACCUUAAUUUUACACAGCUCAAUUCCUUACUAAAUCCUAUCUAUCAUCGCUAUUUUUAUGUCCCCCAUAACACGUAUUUU